AAGAGAUUGUUAUGACGGGCGUGAGAGAGGCGUCUGCUGGCGGCGCUGAAAUGGACCUCUCACUACACACACGCUAACUACAACAAUUACAACCACAACACUGAAACACACACUUACACAACACAGGUAGAUGAGUUGGCAGAGGUGGCAUCUCCUUUGCUGACUUACCCAAGAUGGAAGCGCAGGGCAACAAAAUCUUAUCAUCUGCACAGGAAUGUGAAAGUGGAGGAUCAGCGUGUGAUUCAGGGGGAGAGGGAGGUUCAGCUGAGUGCCUCCUGCAGGAUACGCCUGUUGUUCCGACUGUUUUGACACCUGGUGUCACUCCAAAUGCCACCCCAGCAAUGACACCUUCACAGUCUCAGCAUACAGCUUCCACAACUGAUUUAGAUAAAAAUACUCCAAGCAUUGACAACCUCUUACAACAAGAGAGCACUGGCAGUAUUUGCAGCAUUGAGGCAAUUGGUGGAAGUGUCAAAGCCAGACUUUUACCAGGUGAAACAAACUCCAGAGCAAGUAUGAACAACCUGUUGGAGACUAGUAGCACAGCUUCUGAUAAAAUUCACCGUAACAGUGCCAUAUUUGUAGAUUCUGCUGCCAUGGCUGACUCUCUAGAACAGCAAAGAAAUAGCCAAGAAGAUGAAAACAGUGACAAGAUAUCCAUUCUUGGAGAAGGAAGUAUUAAGGUGGCCAGUGAUGGUAAUGAAUCGGAUGAACAGUGUGUCCUGAAACUUGUUGGGAAUGAAGGUGUAGGGUGUGAUGGUGGCAACAGCGAUGAAGGUGGCAGUGGAGGACAGGUGGUUUUCAGCGAGGAACUACCAGAUGGUCUGGAAUCAUAUGUCACACUCACUGGCACCAUCAAGCGGGGCAAGAAGAAAGGACAUAGUAUUGAUGUCAAGGUAAACCUCUCCAGAGAAGAACUGGAUGAUCUGGAAGCAUCAAUCACACAGACAUUGGGGCCUGAUAAGCCUAAGCCCAGAUGCUCGAUGCGUUAUGGACCACAUAUCACUUUAUUCUCCCUCAUCUGCUUCCCAUUUGUCUUCCUGGUGUCUGGAGCGUAUUCUUUCUACCUCGGCACCCUCACAUGGUAUAGCAUGUUGACGAGGGUCACAGAAGCUCGUUGUCUCCCAAAGAUAACACUACCACCGCUGCUCAUUCUUCUCUACCCAUUCCUCAUUACUGUCUUCACAUUUGGAUUAGGAAUAUAUGGGGCUCUCGUUCAGAUAUCAUUGUCUUAUGAUUCCUGGUGGGCAGAGGUGAGUGACCCUGAGAAAGGUUUCUAUGGGUGGCUGUGUUCUUUGCUGCAUGUCGAGGAAUGUGCACCAUAUGAGACUGUUGUGUUAAUGACUGAACCUCUUGGCACAAAAAUGCAGGACUGCACUGUGUAAGUUGUGUGCAAUUACCACAUAAAAAGAAACAUUGCAGACUACAUUGGGAAUAUACAUAGUGUUUAUAAGACAUCAAACAAAUUACCUUCUAUUGACACUUGUAUUAGUAUGUUUAUCCAUCAUCGAUAUUCCGGAGAAUGAGUUUUAAAUACAAAAACUACCUGAAUUUGAAUCUCGCUUAUUGACAGAAAAUGCUAGAACCUGGGCAGCAUUGUACUAUUUUGCUUGCAUACUUGCAAAUAUUUCUGUCAUUUGAGAUUACUGUUCUAGUACCGGUACUGCACACAGUAUUUUGAAUUAGACCAAAAAAAUAUUAUCAUUCAGUUACAGGCAUCAGUUUUUUAAUGUUCUUUUAUGUCUAUAUAGUACAUUGUGCCUGAGAGCUGUCCCAAUUGCUCAAUCGUUAUAUGUUACGUGUCGUAUCUUUAUGUUGUUCCAACUUGCAUUCCUUUUUUUGUUGACAGUUUUUUGUUAUUUGAACCAAAUGUACAGCUCAUAGAACUAUACUUUGUCAUUCCAAGGUUAUUGUGAUAUUUCCAGUGAGUGAAAAUAAUAUCUAUACUCUACUGGUAUACAGGAAAUAUAUUGUGUUUUAGUUUUUUAAGGCAUUUUAAUGUUAUUUUAUUGUUAUAUAAUUUGUGAUAGUUUUCAGUUCAUCUUAAUUAUGUUUAACAAAAACACCUUGAUACUUGCACAUUAAAUUAUAUCGUAAAUUUUCUACCGCAUUAUACUAAAUGUGUUAACAGAGAAUGGAAAUUUAUGAAUAUUGUGCAAGUGUUAACUAGUAUAUAUGUGUACAGCAGUGUGUUAAUACCAUGCAAGCAUUCAGUCUGUUCACCAGAUUAAUGUUUGUCCUUUUCGUAUAUGACGUGUGUUUACUUGCACUAAGAGUGUGAUGGUCAGUGCUGUCACUUCACAACCACAAGGUCCCAGAUUCGAUUCCCACCCGAGACGGUGAUGUUUGGACACGUUCUUUUCACUUGAUUCCUGUGUUCACCUAGCAGUAAAUAGGUACCCAGGAGUUAGUCAACUGUUAUGGUGUUGCAUCCCGGGAGAGUUCAGUCAUUGGCUUAGGGAUCUCGGUAAGCCUGGCAGGCAUCCUGGCCCUGACAGUGGGAAAGUAUAUCUUAAGUUUACAAACUAAAGCAGGGUGCAUUAUGCAUGCUGAACAAAUCUGUUGAUUUGUUUAUCUAUUUAAUUAUGUAAUUUCUAUAUAUAAAGACAUUUAGAUGGUAUGGAAAGCAUGAAAUUACCUCAGUAGCCAAUGACAGUUACAACAUUUACAGAAAAUAAUAUAAUAGAAGAAAAUCAGUACUGAAUCUUUAAACAUAUUAAACACUAAUACCAGCAAGAAGUUAUAUGUUUUGUAUAUGAGUACAAUACAAUUCAUUGAAAAGAACAUGCAUCGAAGAGACGGGUAUAAUCAUUGCUUCACUUGUAUACUAUCGUGGGAGAAUGAGCUCGCCUAAUGUAUUGUGUUUAAAUGUAAUUUAUCUGAAGAAUAUUGUAUGAAUAACAUUCAUAUCAGAUAUUAUUGAAAUAGAAGUGGAGAAAAGUGAGUAUUUAAACCAAGUUAAUAAACAGUAUUGUAUAUGAAGAAGGCUAAAGAUUAUUCCAAAUUUGCUGGUAUUUCAGAAAAGGGUUACAAGGUAAUGAUUGAUCAUGAUAUUUCAUGUAAUAACAAAAUAUGCAUUUUUUUUUGUCUCGGAGCACAAAUUAUGUUGUCAAGGUCACACCAAAUUGUGUCUUUAACUAAUGAAGCAAGGUAUUUAAGUUUCCAUGCAACACGGAAAUAAUCUAAAGAAUUUUGUAUUUGUAUAAGCAUUAGAGAAUAAUACAAAUUGUAUUGUAUUGUAUGCGGACAAUGAGUCACAAUAAUGUGGCUGAAGAUAUAAUGACCAAAGCACACACUAGAAUACGAUGAGACGCCGACGUUUCGGUCCGUCCUGGACCAUUAUCAAGUCGAUUUUGUAUGUACAAACAUACAAUAUGUUUAUCUCAAAUAUAUUGUAUGUUUGAGACAAUUUUAAGUUUGGAAGGCUGCCCAGCUUUGUGAUGGUGAUGCUUGGUGCAGGUAUCAAGAUGUACAUGCAGGUAUGUGUGUAAUGUUUGAAUAGUAACAUGUAGAAUGUUUGUUCUACCCCCCCCCCCCUCUCCCCCCCUUUCCACACUCAUUCCCUCUUUUUCUUCUAUAACUUGUUUUGUACCAAAGAUUGGAAUAUGUCUUGGUAAUGUUAAGAAUAUGGAUUUGCCUCUUCAUUUAUGCUAUGUUGUAGUCAAAUUAUCAUCAUUUGAUAUGUGCCAAUAGUAUGUUAUUGACCUUUAGUGUCACUCCAUCAUCCUUUGUUGAGGUUGAAUACCUCCUGUUUCAGAGUCCGCCAAAGAAUCUUUUUACAGUGCACGUAGCCAAAUGCAAGUGCUUUGUGUGCAACUGUAUAUUUGGCAGCAUUUUGCACAUGGAGACCUUGAGUGGCAGUGUGACAUAUUGUUCAUACAGGCAGCAUGACCUAUCCUAGCAACAAUAUAGAUAUUCUCAUUAUGAAAGGUUAAUGUGAGAUUUGUAAUGGCCCUUUUGUUUGUAUUAAAGAUAUCACAGCUUUGCUCUCUAAGAGAAAAUGCCUUGAAUGUUUUCUGUACAUCCAAGCAUUCAUCUAUUUAUUUAUCUAUGUUACCUGAACCAUCUUAAAAAUAUCUUAGUGAUGUAAUAUGAAAUAAAAGUUUGGUGUAUAUGCUCAGCAUAAAAUACUUUUAGCAAAUUUUUAUCUUUCAUAAAUAAAAAUAAAUAGUCACUUGUGAGACUUGUGUGACAUUUCCUUGAAGAAAAUGUAAUUUCAAUCUAGGAAUAUACAGGGUAUGUUAAUGAGCUAUAGUUGCUACAUAAUUUACACAUGCAUGUAAAUACUGUACCCAUAUAUUCAAGGGGAAAGUGUGCACUUUAACCUCGCUGACAUUGUUUCAUUUCCAAUUCAGUUGGCUGGAGUAGAGAGCAAAAACAAGAAAAUUGUAUAACCAUCCAAAUAAUUAUUGGCUGUACUGUAUAAGGGUUGUCAGUGCCUGAUUAUUGAUAAUAUACAGCCUGUUCACAUGUGGGAAUCAUCCAGUAAAUGUACUUUGACUGUACAUUAGCACAUGAACCUACACCAACCCAUGUGACCUAUUGAGGUCAGUGCCUGUUAGUUAUGAAAGCAUAUAAUUCUAAUGUUUCUAUUUCCAGAAUAUCACUUUCAAUUUGCAAAUAUAGUUGACCUUGGUGUGAGAACAGGUUGAAAUACUGGUUGGUUGUAGUGUUCUGAAUAUUUUUUGUGGGAGAUUUAUACUUGAGAAACGAAGGUGGAAAUGUUAGUGUCCAGGUAGUAAAAAUACUGAGGUACAGAGCCUGUUUAGUAAAGAUGAGCUCAUGGUACAGUGCUACAUUCUGAGGCACUGUAGUUGGGUAGUGGAUCAUGUAGCCCAUGAAGUAGAUGCACGAUCAUCAUGUUCACAAAAUUAACAGCGGUGUAUUGUUCUCAGAAAUAAAGGUGUCAUUGUCGACGGGCAACAGAUAAGGCAAGUGUUUAGUUGUUUCUUAAUGUAUCAUUGAGCAUUUACAAAUGUGUGUAAAUGAGACAUAAUACAAAACUAUUUUUAUUUCACGAGUUAUCUGUACCUCUUUCCUACGCAAAAUGGGGGUUAAUUAAGUCUUUGUAGUCCCUUUAUCCUAUUCCUAUGCUCACAUAUCUCCACUGAAAUGUAUUGGAUUUAAAAACAACAAAAAGUCUGAUCAUUGGAGCAUUAUACUAUAGGCACACCUAUACUUGUAACUGAGACCAAAGCCUUCAUUUACUCGCCUAUUUAUUUCGGCAAAAUAGUUCCACAUAGUAAGGAUGCUUUUCUUUAUUGCACAUUUAAGCUUACCUGAGGGUAGUAAAAACCUAGGUCCUGUAUACAUUUUACUGAUACAGCAGAGGUAAUGAUGCAUUAUCUUGGUGUCAUGUAUAGUUGUGGGAUGCAGAGUUGUGUUUUGCCAGUAAUGGCUCUCGCAGUGUUGAUAAUGGUGCUACGUCUUCAUUCUUGUAAUAACUGCAAUUGCUGGUCAUAUUCAGCAUUAUUUUCAUUAAAAAUGCUUGUGUUUUUAGAUCUUUGUGUGCAUGUGUGUGUGUGUGUGUUGAUCUUUUUGUGUAAAAAAAAAUUAAACAUAAUCUGAAGAUAAUGUUUUAAACUUUGUAAUUUUCUGAUAAGAAAAUGUGUGUUUCUUGUAACAUUGUCACUGUGUGAUGUAGGUGAAGUGUAACAUACUUGGGUGCUUCCUGUGGCUUCCAGAACCACUCCUGCAGUGGCUACUCAGGGCUGCUUGGGCACGAGUUGUCUUAACCUGCACUAUGGUAGCUGUGCUCCUAUCUUCUGGCUGCCUUGGCCACGCAAGCUAGGUCAUUUGGGGGAGAUCAUUUUAGUAUUAAAUUAGAUUGUACUCGUCUCUGAAUCUUUUGAUACUAUCCAGACUGCCACAUUGUGUAGGAGCUUAUAUAGGUAUGAUAGUCACUCAUAGCCUCGGAUAUUGUACAUUUUAUAUGAUCAAAAUCUAGUUACGUGUUCUUCCUCGGUUUACUAAACUUUAGCUUUUGUAUGGAUACUCAAGUUGAUCUGGAGGAGGGGCACCACCUCGUCCUUGUUGACCUGGAGGAGGGGCACCACCUUGUCCUUGUUGACCUGGAGGAGGGGCACCACCUCGUCCUUGUUGACCUGGAGGAGGGGCACCACCUUGUCCUUGUUGACCUGGAGGAGGGGCACCACCUUGUCCUUGUUGACCUGGAGGAGGGGCACCACCUCGUCCUUGUUGACCUGGAGGAGGGGCACCACCUUGUCCUUGUUGACCUGGAGGAGGGGCACCACCUUGUCCUUGUUGACCUGGAGGAGGGGCACCACCUCGUCCUUGUUGACCUGGAGGAGGGGCACCACCUUGUCCUUGUUGACCUGGAGGAGGGGCACCACCUUGUCCUUGUUGACCUGGAGGAGGGGCACCACCUCGUCCUUGUUGACCUGGAGGAGGGGCACCACCUUGUCCUUGUUGACCUGGAGGAGGGGCACCACCUUGUCCUUGUUGACCUGGAGGAGGGGCACCACCUCGUCCUUGUUGACCUGGAGGAGGGGCACCACCUCGUCCUUGUUGACCUGGAGGAGGGGCACCACCUCGUCCUUGUUGACCUGGAGGAGGGGCACCACCUCGUCCUUGUUGACCUGGAGGAGGGGCACCACCUUGUCCUUGUUGACCUGGAGGAGGGGCACCACCUUGUCCUUGUUGACCUGGAGGAGGGGCACCACCUUGUCCUUGUUGACCUGGAGGAGGGGCACCACCUCGUCCUUGUUGACCUGGAGGAGGGGCACCACCUUGUCCUUGUUGACCUGGAGGAGGGGCACCACCUUGUCCUAUUGUUAGAAUUUCUAGGCAGUUUUUAAGAGUUGGCUCAACUUUAACAUUCAUGCACUUAAAUAUGGCACUUGCAGUGAAUAUGGUUAAGAUAUAAAGUCUUUUAAGUUUGAGUGAGAUUUGACAACACUUUACGGAAAUAUUUCUGAGAAACAUUAAUGCAAAAUAAGACAUUGUGGUGUUAGGCAUUCAUGUGGUAUGUGACUUUCCAGUUAUUUGGCCUUUGGUUUAACACUUACAAUACCAAACCAUUUUUAUUAGUUUUUAUUCCUUUUUACUCUAGUGUGCUUCAAAAAUAUAUUUGUUAUAGUGAACCUCUUAAAUUUUGUAUAUAUACAUUGUAUAUGUUUUAAUUAUUUUAUCUUGUAAAUAAAUCUUAUGAAGCAAAGUGAUGCUGAGACUAUUGCUAGUGAUCAACUGAAAAACCUUGAUCCCUCAAAAUGUAUAGGUGUAUGUAUGGAUGUGGGGAUAUGUGUGAAUGUGGGGAUAUAUAUUGGCGAGUGUGUGUAAAAUUACCGGUACCUUAGUGUAGUUACAGGAUGAGAGCUACGCUCAUGGUGUCAGUCUUCCUAGUACUGUACUGUUUGUCGUAUACCGCUUUGAAACUACUGAUGGUUUUGGCCUCCACCACCACCUCACUUGUUCCAACUGUCUUCCAUUCUGUUUGCAAAAGAAAACUUCCUAAUAAUUGUUUGGCACCCUUGUUUCCUUAGCUUAAAUCUGUGACCUCUUGUUCUUGAAGUUGCUGGUUUCAGGAAUUCCUCUGUCAGUUUGGUUGAUUCCUCAUAUUAUUUUGUAAGUGAUGAAUAUAUCACCUCUUUUUUUUCUUCUUCUAUCAUCUAGCUUUGGCACAUUUAAUGCCUUUACACUCUCUUUGUAACUUUUUUUCAGUUCCAGAAUACAUUUUGUAGCAUGCGUUUGCACCUUUUUCCAGUUUAUUGAUGCAUAUAUAGAUAUGGGCACAUAUCUCAAUGAGCACAUAAAAAAAUUGACCAGAUACAGUACUUUGAAAUCUCAAGGAAUAUUGAAUGCCGCUAAGAAUUGCACAAUUUUUCUUUGCUGUAGCAUUCCACAAUGCAAAUGUAGAGCAAGUUUUCUUUUUGCUGAUGCAAAGUCAAUGGACUAAGAAAAGGAACAAGCUGAGUGCAAGUCCAAUAAGCAUUACUGAAAAAAUCAGAUCUAUAGAAAAAUAUGCAUGGGAACUUCAAGUCAUAGAUAGAGUGGGAGAAGAAGAUUGUAAAUAUAAGGAGUUCAAGAUGAUCAACCUUAUGUAAAGGUAAUUUUGUUUCCUAUUUUCUUUCCUGUUUUGAAAUAAUUCUGUACUAUGCUUCUUUUCCAUUUUAAUGGUAAUUAUAUUAAAAAAAAGUAAAGCUUGUGGUACAGUGAAGCAAUAUACAUAUGUAUGUAAAGAAGGCAAAAGUGCCAUAGUGUAUGUUGGGUGGGGGCACGGAAGGUUGUGGUGACUGUUAGUGGAGGUGUUCGAGAUUCUAAAUGUGCACAUAUGGCAACCCUAACCAAGGGAACUCGCCAAAACAAAGCAUUUUAUUACAUUCAAUACUGGAAUUUUUUUUUAAUAUAGAUUUUGGACUGAUGUCUGAUCCCCCUAGGUUCCGUGCCUCAGAGAGAGAGCCAGAUUCUGGUCCUGGCUCCCAGUAAGCUUGCAUGGGUCUCAGACCUGGUGCAGUUUUCUAGGGCUUUGAUAGUCUCGGUUCUAUACGUUCCAUUCACCUGGGCUCUAGAAGACUCGAACUGUGGACACCUUGCAUAUGAAGCCGAAGCUCUAUAGACCGAGCUAUUGAGGAGCCUUAAUAAGGAAAGUUCUAUAACUUGGGGAGUUACUGAAUGAUGCACCAGAAAAGGGCAUUUCAUUAGCUGAAUUCUUGAUAUUUUUUGUUCUGGUUUUUGCACAACUCUGAACUCUAGCUCAUGUGUGAAUGAAUGUGUUUGAGAAACUACCUAAAUAAAAUAACAAAAUUUAUCAGUAAUAUACAAGCACAGCUCACUAAAUGUAGAUUUCUGUUACCAAAUGAUCUUCAUACAAUUGAAUUAAAUUUCCUUGACAGGUGUCAGAGAUGUUUAUGGAUAAAACCAUCAUCAUCAUUAUACAACAACCUAGUGAAUAUCUGUUGGUUUCUUCCUAGACACUGAUGAUGGAAACAUUUACCGUAAUGUGUUAUUGUUUUGAUGUUGGUCAUUGUGUUAUGCUGUUGUCACAUCAAGCAAGUCACAAUUCUGGAGUUGUUUGACUUAAUUUGCUUUAAGACAAUUUUUUCAGGGCAGUUGAAAGCACAAAGUCCAGGAAUCCAUGUCUUCAACACUACUGUAUUGGGUAAUUUGUCUUGUUCAUUUUAAUGGUCAUAUAUGCAGUUUUACAAAAAAAAAAAAAAUUAUUUGCAGGUGCCAUUUGCGAAUUAAAUGCUUAUAAUGUACAUACCUCCUAUUUCAAAAUAAUACGUAAAUUAUACAUUGAUGAAGAUGGUAGUGUGUUUAACUUGAUGAACAUGUUAGUUCAAACUGUAUAAAAUUUUACCGUUAUAAAAUAACAAUUUCAAGAUUUUUGUUCUUUAAAGUAUGUAUAGAACAAAUUUAUAUUUGAAGUUCACAAGUUUUGAAGUACGAUAAGGCUUUAGGUCAGAUUUUGACAUGCGAUUUCAUUUGGUAUGUUGGCGUCAGACUUCACCAGUUAAAUGCAUUUCAAGUGGCUAGAAAUUCCAUGUUUGUAUUAUCCGUAAGUCUUCAAUACUAUACACGUAAUGAUAGUAUAUACAGUAGAUAUUUGUUACUGUUCACCAACAAAUGGGAGCAAAGUAGAUCUUCCAGGAAAAAAUAUCAACUUCACAUAAGCUAGUCAAUUUAACUUAGAAGUUUUGUAUAAAGUUUCCAAGAGCAUUUUGCUUGAAUACAUAACUGAUAUAUUCAGUGUAUCCCAGUCACCUGAUAUUUUAAAAUGGUAGAUAUCUUUGUGGCUAAAUUCUAUUUUUAUCAUGGUUGCAUUUUUGCAACACAGUUUUUCACACAAAAAAUUUCAGACUAAAUAAUGUAUUAAGAUUCAUUAUUUUAGAGAAAACUUAAAGCAAGUUUUCUCAUGGCUGGUGCAAUAGAAUUAAAAGGAAUAUAAGCUAUAACUAUGUGAGAAAACCAAUAAACGAGCUAAGCCUUGAAGUUUGGUAUUUUGUGAUGUCAUUAAUAUGUGUUUAGAUUGUGUUGAUAUGUACAUGUACAGUAUAUAUGUAUACAUGCACCAGUUAAGCUUCAUGUGUCACCAUUCUGUAGGUACUGUAUAUACAAGUGCAUCUUAUUUAUCCAAAUUUAAAUAUUAAUAACACAUUUACAAGGGUGGGCUGUUCCUUGAAGAAUCAACUGUCCUGGUUCCAAUCCUUGCCUCAAAAUGGGGUCAAAAUUUGAGUAAAUUCAAGUUAAAUUCCAAAUAAUGCAAAAUUUGUAUAACAAGGAAAAAGUAUAAGUUGAAUGCUUCAGUUUCCCUUCAAGAAGACUAGCAUUAAGAAAUGGCUGUCAUUGAGCCUUGAUGUCUUCACCUUGAAGACAUCUUUUCUCAAAGAGAAGAACCUUUCCAUGGUGGCUCUGGAGAUAGGUGUAUUGAACAUGAAGAAAUCUUUCAGCAUCGGUUUGGGGUACAAGUCCUUGUUGAUAAUGAAGGGUUCCCUUUUACAAGCCUCUCUGAGGAAUACUUCCAACUUCAAAACAAAAGUACUGAGGAUCGUCAGACUGGGUUUGAAAUCCGAUCGUCUAUGGAUAACAUUAAAAAAUGUAAAAGAAAUGGAAAAAGUAUGUAAAAAAUUCAAGUUUAUAAAAUUCUUGACAGACUUGAAAUAUUUUAUCUCUGCUAGUUACAUUCAAUAUAAGAUUUGGUCUUCUAAUAUAUGUAAAAUGUUGUAUGUCUAGUAUCCGAGAAUUUUGUUUUUAUUACUGUAUUUCUUUCCGUAAAUUUGAAAAUCUGAAACUUUAAAUAUUUGAAAAUAAAAAGUUUAGCAAAGCCAGCUGUACUGUAGAGCUACAUACAUAAACCUUGGAAUUUUCAGAUGUAAAAUCUUGCUUUUGAGUAAAAUAAAAUCAAAGAAUCCACCAUCAGUAGAUAAGGUAGGUGUUGCUCGAUUUCCUUCAUACUAUAUAUACAAGACUCUUGGUGGGGCUGCAUCCUCGAAUGUAGGGAAGCUUUCUGACAAAUUACCUGUCAAAUAGUGAAGAACAAAAGGAGAAAAAAAAUACAUUGCAUUGUUGGUCUCUUUGUGGAGAUUUUUUCUGAGAAGCUCCAUUUGCGAGAGAGUGGUUAUUUCUCGGUCAAAUGUGCACACCCAUAGUGGCAGAAUGGCUGUGUACCAAGUACAAUUAUUGUUGUCCGAGUUUGAGUACUACCCGCCAAACACGCUGAAACUGCGAUGUUGGUACAACAUUCGAACAAGUUUUAACACCUAACCAGUUAUAACAACCAAUAUAGCAAGUUGUAACAACAUUCUAAUACGUCAUAAACACUUUAAGCCAAGAUGUAACAACUUUAUUAAAAGUUGUAACAAGCGGAAAAUAGAGACAGUUUCAGUUUGUGUUUCCAGGGUAUCAUGUUGAGUGUCCCUGAAUAGACCAUUGCAUUUGCAGUGCAAAUAAAGUAAGUAAUAAAUCAUAUGAUGGGGAAGCUUUAUUAAUUUUAUGUAUAGCUUGGGUGAUCGAUGUCAUUUUGGAUGAGGUAACGUGGCACAGGUGACCAGGCAGGUCACUGACCUCACUUACCUGGGCAGUGAUGUCACAUAAACCUAGGGAAGGAUCAAUCAGAUGAUAGGCCAAUGGAAGAAGUAUAUCUCAAAGUGAACAAGCGUGCUUGGGCCAUGUGUUGGAUAGCCAAUUCAUUCACUUUUCAGGUGUCUUUGUUAAACAUGUGUGUCCUCACCAACCUAAGACUUGGUGGCAAGCAGUACUAAGUACAUUGAGUUGGGGCAAUAGCAAGGGUAGCUGUGGUAUUGUUGAUGCACAUGUGAAUGCCUUUUGCAGAGCUGAGAACAUUCAAAGUUACAUUAAAUUUGUGGUAGUGGCAGCAUUAACUUCUUCAGUAAUUUUCCUGGUGCUGUGGUACCAAGAGUGCAAGCAAUUGAGACGAGAUUAUUGCAGUGUUGAAGCUAUCUGCAGUCACAGCGAUGAAGGGUAUAAUUGGGAGUGUGCGCGCGCGCACGUUGGUGUGAACAUAAGAACGUACAAUUUCAUUGUGUAACAUUUAUCUCGCAUUCAUGGUGACCCAUAUGAUGGCCCAGUUCAAUACAAUUGCAAGUACCUGCAAUAAGUAUGCAGUGUAUCUGUAGAGACUGGAGGUUGCUCCGAAUUCAAGGUUGAUGAGCCCAGCUUGAGUGAUGACCAGGAUGCAACCAUCUUAAAUUGUGUGCUGAAACUAUUUUCUUAGUUAUGAGAAGAUUGAUAUUUUUACAAUAAGACAAUGUGAUACAGUGUAGGGUGCCAUGAAACAAAGCUCUGCCACUUAUUAAAAUCUUCAUGCUUUCAAAUGUAAGAGUAACAAAAUUGUUUGUGAUAACAGGUGAAUGUUAAUUAAGUCAUGUUUCAGUCAUAAAAAAUACUGUAUAUAGACAAAAACAAAAUCAUGUAUACAUAUACCACUUAUAAAAUACUGUAUUGACAUUUGAUAGUGAAAAAGUAUCGUCAUUUUAGUGAGAAAAUCCACUGAGGCUUUCUUAUCGAUGUAUAUCACAUUAGUGUAAUUUUCUGUGUAUCAUAAUUUUAAUAAAACAAUACUCUUGCUUUAUGAAUAUUGUAUACAAUAAUGUUUUUUUAUUUGUUGCCACUGUAUUUUACUGACCAUGCAGUAUUAUUUGGGAAAUACAGUAAUGUAUGUAUAAAGCUAAUGAAGGCCAGUGAAGUGUAACAACAAACAACUUGGUCUUCACCAAAUUGAAUGAAAUCAUAUUUGGUAUUUUAUUAUUAAAUGAAAAUGGUCUGUGUACUAUAUGACUUAUUCCUCCUUUAUUGGAGUACUUGACAUGUAUGCAUCUAUUAACUAUAAAUUGAUCAUGAGACUCUCAAGGUAAGCUAACUUUAGCCAGAUAGCUAGUGAUAAGUUAUGUAUCCGGGUAUUGUGCAUGCAUUGGCUGUUGAACAUAGGAGAAUACUGUAGUCUUAAUUAAACAGGAACAGUAGGUGAUAUCUUUUGAUACUAGUCAUAGUGACCAGUCACACUAUUGGCUCAACUCUUCAACUCUCGUGUAAUUAUUGAGGUACUAGACACUAUAGUAAAUACUGGUUUUAGAAAUUACAAGUUCAUUUUAAUGUAAAAAUUGGCAAAAUAUGGUGCACUUAAAUGCAUUAUUUACACGGUGCUCUAUCCUGUUUUAUAGCUGUAUUUACUGUAUAAUAUGUCGAGCCCAGACUUAUCAGAGAGUCAAGCCAUGUGUAACUGCAUAUAUAUUCAUAAUAAUUAAUUAAUAAUUACUAUAUACAUAAUGUGUUCCUCAUUGUAUGCUUGAACCACAUUUGCUGAUACACUGCAGGUAGACAACAAGAAACUUGCACUUUGAGUGUACAGGCGGCCACAGUUUGCACGGUAUUGCAUUAUGACGAUUUAGUUAUGUGGGUAAGAAAUUUUAUGCAAAAUUUUGAUUAGUAAAGUUUACUUGAUGGGUUUAGCUGGGUAUUGGCAUAGCUAUAGCAGCUGCACUAACAUGAUGGGCAGAGUGCAAUAUGUGCCAUGAUUCUCUUUAUGGCAGUGCACAUGAGCUCUUCCAAAUGUCAUUUGAACCUUGUCACAUCACAUUUAUUGUUUUAUAGGCUUUCUGGCUUACAUUCUUCCAUCACAGUGCCUACCAAACAUGUAGCAACUCUUGCAGCACUGGAAUGUAAGGUAAUGCUGAUGCUGCAAAAGAAACUUGAAAUAUUGCACAGGUUGGAAAAAUGGAGAAUCUAUUACAUCCCUUGGCUACCAUUGCAAGGUCAAUGAGUCUAGCAUUUGUACCAUUAAGAAGAAUGCAUAACAUCUGCCUGUUCAGGGCUUGGUUGAGCCAACAGAUGAAGUAGGAUAACAGCAACAAGAUGAUGAUGCCUUUAGAAACCCAGGUCAAGACUGCAUCACAUUACUAAAUUAUUUUUUAGAAAUGAAAAGUACAAAUGAUACUGUAACAAAAAAUGUUCUCGAACUAUCAGUGCAGUUUAAAAAAUGGCAGGACUUUUGAGAAUAAUAUCGCUUCUUAGUAUGGAGAAGCAAAUGUUAACAAGGUAAAACAACAGAAUUAUUCGAAGCCCUUCAUAUCACCUGUAGCUACAUCACCACCUCAAAUCAUAUCAACAGCAGUUGCCUCACCAACACCUGUGGUUGGCACAUGAAGUUGAUUAGAAAAUCUUGCAAGCUUGAUGUGAGUGAAACUCCCUUAGUAGGUGGCUGCAUCGGAUGACCCUCCUGAUUAUCUGUUGUUGAUUUCGAGGAUCAACGUCCCAGCAGCCCGGUCUCUGACCAGGUCUCCUGGCUGGUGGUCUAAUCGACCAGGUUGUUUGAUGCAACUGCUAGCAGCCUGACAAAUUCUCAGCAAGUAAGUUGGGUUCUGGCUAAUCUUCAUUCCCAAUUUAUUAACUUUUUCAGUUAUAUUUUAUAUCAUUGCACAUCCAAGCAUACUGAACCCUAUUAUGUGCUGAUAUGACUGGAAAGUACAGGGAACAUUAAAUAUUAAUGUUAAAAUUGGCAUUUUGAAGGUUUGGCACCUAACCAAAUUUUCCUCGUUCCGGUAUACCUUUGUUUGAUUUAAAAAUAAUUUGUAGGAGCAUAACUGCCGUGCAGAUGAAGGGCCGCCUGUACUUAAACCAGAGUUGUUGAUACACUGCCGGUAUACAGUACAUCCAGCUGCCACUUUGUUGUACAGUACAGUAUUUAACUUUAUCAUGUUCUCCUUAAUAGCAACAAAUACUUCAUUAUUUAAUGCAUUCUCUCAUUUUUGUUUUGCCUGUCAAAAGCAGUUGUAUAACCAUGUCUUCUGGCUUGUAGAAUAUCUUUUAUUGCAAAAGUAUUUAGUAUGUCAAGUUUUAAGAUUUGUGUAAUGAUUAAGAAUACAUGUACUCUUUUUAUAUUCUGUCCUUUUGUACUACUUUUUAUGAUAAAGAAAUUAUAAUUAAAUGUU